AUGUGCGGAACCAACGAUCUACCGAAUAAAGGUGGUGGAAGUGUCAACCAGCUGGGAGGGAUGUUUCUCAACGGAAGACCUCUCCCGGAAUCCAAGAGGAGGAAAAUGAUUGAGCUGGCCUCCGAGGGGGUCCGUCCGAGCCAGAUCUCCAGAAUCCUUCGGGUUUCCAACGGCUGCGUCAGUAAGAUCCUGAGCCGCUUCCGCCGCACUGGACUCCUGGAGCCAAAGACUGUUGGAGGGAGCAGACCUCGGCUUCUCACCCCGGGUGUCAUCUCCACCAUCAUCCAGUGCAAACGGGAACAUCCCACAAUAUUUGCUUGGGAAAUUCGUAAACGUCUUGCAGCAGCACGAAUAUGCAAAGCCUCCAAAGUUCCCAGCGUGUCGUCUAUAAAUCGGAUUUUAAGGAAGAUCCACUUGGACCACGGACCGAUGUGCAUGGAGAUCAAUGCGCACAUCAGGACUGAGCAGCAUUUAGAUUCUCUGAUUGAAGAAGAAGUGAAUGAGAGAAAGAUGUCUGAGACAGCAUGCAGCAACAAUCAGAAGCCUAAAGGUGCCCAGCACCGAAACCGCACCACAUUCACCUCCCAGCAGAGCACAGCACUGGAGCAAGAAUUCUCUCACAGCCAGUAUGCAGAUAUGUACACGAGAGAGAAACUGUCAGCUGAUAUUAAACUUCCCGAGGACACAAUCAAGGUCUGGUUUUCAAACAGACGGGCUAAAUGGAGGAGGGAGGCCAAACACAGGAGUAAGUACCUUCAGAAGCAAAGCGAUGUUAUUCCUGGGAAUCUUUCUCACAGAUUCACAGCUCAGCAGGCAACAGGAAUGUCAAGAGUCUACUGUGAAAACUCAGAUGCCCCCCCUACAUACAAUACAGCUGUCAGGAAGUUUCAAAAUGGCGUUUUCUUCCCAACAGAACUAGGUAUGAAAGAUUCUGCACAUCUAACGUCCGUGGCAGUUACACCCUCCUUCCUCCAUCACUCUAACAACAUGAUGAGCCACACUGUGGCAGACAAGACUCCUCUGGAUCUCCACAGAGAAAGAUUCACCUUCCCACUGCUCCACCAUCACACAGACACAAGGACACCUGAGCCAAUCAGAGCAGAGCAGCCUGUGACUCAGUGCUGGAACCAGCAGGGUGUUUCUUUAUCAUGGAGCCAGCUUCAAACAGACGAGAGCUUUCUCUUCACUCAGCAGCCCUGGGCGCUGAAUCCACACCGCUACCUGGACUCAAUGUAA